UUAUGUGAGAAAUAAUCGGCAAGCAUACAUUACAAAUGUUGGCAACUCUUCACGACAGCUGUUUAAAAAAUAAAAAAGAUCUAUAAGAAAAAAGGAGCUAUUGCCCCGUUAUAGCCAAGUAAUUAUAACAAAACAGGUACAAAAUGCCAACGGAAAUCGAAAAUCUUAAUCCCAACGUAUACAGUAAAUGUAAGGAACGGGCUAUAACCAAAGAAGAUAUCGAUGAAAGUAUUCCAGAUCCUUUCGACACGCGAGAAAUCUUUGAUCUUAUUCGCAACAUUAAUGAUCCUGAACAUCCGUUGACAUUGGAAGAAUUAAGAGUUGUUGAAGAAGAUUUGAUCAAAGUUCGCAAUGAUUGCGAUGAAGUUUUUGUCAAUUUCACUCCGACCAUACCGCACUGUUCUAUGGCGACUUUAAUUGGCUUGUCCAUACGCGUUAAGUUAUUAAGAUCUUUACCGCCACGUUUCAAAGUAACCGUAGAAAUAACUCCAGGAACACACGCUUCCGAGAAUGCAGUAAACAAACAGCUAGCAGAUAAAGAAAGAGUGGCAGCUGCUAUGGAAAAUAAACAUUUGGCUGAAGUUAUUAAUCAAUGUAUAGCUUUAAAAGAAACAGAUGUAGGCCUAUUUGUGCGCUAAAUGUCAACAAUAAUAAAAGAA